CAUACAACGAGAGAGACACAGGGACUUUAGUUGCGUUUUGAUCGUGGGCAACGAAGGAUCUUAAUAUUUAGCGAUAUAUUUAAAAGUCAAUAAUAGUGCAUCAUUCAAAGAAAAUUUUGCAAACAUUUUUGAUUUUUUCCUCAUAACUGUGAAAAGGUGAAACCUGACAACAAGACAUGGUGAAUGCAUAUGGAGGGGUUUUAAUUGUAGCAGAUGUUUUAAUGUUAAUCAUAAAGAUAAUUUUUUAUCUUUUUGAAAGUAUUUAUCGAUUCUUCAUACCCGUGGAAGAAAAAAGCGUCGCAGGAGAAAUCGUUCUGGUAACUGGAGCCGGUCAUGGAAUCGGAAGAGAAUUGGCACUGAGAUAUGCGAGUUUAGGAGCAACUGUUGUUUGUUGGGACAUUAAUGAACAAGGAAAUGAAGAAACAACAAGUGAAAUUAAAAAACAAGGAGCUGCAAGAGCAUACGCUUACAAAUGCGACGUAUCGAACAGAGAUGAAGUUUUAAAGACUGCCGAAAAAGUGAAAGAAGAAGUUGGUAAUGUGACAAUUCUUAUAAACAAUGCAGGAAUUAUGCCCUGUCAUUCAUUCCUCACAAAUACUCAGGAAGAAAUCAGAAAAACUGUCGAUGUCAAUCUAAUGGCUCAUUUUUGGAUGCUGCAAGCCUUUUUGCCGAGUAUGAUAGAAAAAAAUCAUGGUCACGUUGUGGCUUUAUCAUCAAUGGCAGGAAUAGUUGGUCUUCCUAAUCUUGUGCCAUAUUGCGCAACGAAAUUCGCAGUAAGAGGAAUCAUGGAGUCGUUGAGUGAGGAAAUACGUCAAGCUAGUCCCAAUAAAAUAUCAAAUAUCAAAUUCACAACCAUUUAUCCUUACAUGGUGGACACUGGUCUUUGCAAGAAACCAAGAAUGAGGUUCCCCAAUCUUUUGGCGUUGGUUCAGCCGAAGGAGGCUGCUGAUCAAAUAAUAAGUGCACAAAGAAGAAACGAUUUGGAAUUGACUAUUCCUAAUUAUUGGUUUUCAAUUAAUACUAUUGUUAGGUGUUUACCUUAUAAGGCGGCAUUUCAAAUAAUGGAUUUUGUCGACAGUGGCCUUGAAGUAGACUGAUAGAAUAAUAUUAAUAAUUUUUGACAAAUAGUCUCUAAUCAAAGAUAAUUUACUCUUGAAUGUUGUCUACUUGUACAUAAUGUGUUUCUUCAUAAGCGUUGAAGAUUAAUUAAAAACAAGGAUUAAUGUCGAUAUUAGAAUACUAAAAUCAUUUCGAUUUAAAUUUCAACAAAAAUUACUCACACUGCAUAAUAUUACAAAAACAAAACAUUUUUCAUACCGUGUAAAAAUAUUUUUCCUCAAUAAUCUUCAGUAAAGGAAACGAAUGACUGCAUGAGUGUUCAUUACGAAAGUUUUAUACUUUAAUAAGCUUGAAAGUUAAUGCCAUUUUUUCAUCUUUUUAAAAAAAUUUACAUAAAAACUAUGUGCAAUAUUUUUAUUAUUAAUUUAAAAUUUAAUGCCACCAGGAGUUUGUGCCUUUAAUCAUAUAAAUUUUAUAACAAUAAUUUUAUAUCACGAAUAGUGGAAAUUUAAAUGAAGGACGAAUGAUCAUGUUAAUGAUAAAUAAUUUAAGUGUAUAAUAAAUCAAAGAAUUUUUUUUCAAAUCAUUGAAAGAGUAUUUAUUUAGUCUUCGACUAUAAAAUAUUUACGAAAAAAUGAAUCUAAAGUGUCGCAUAUAAAUAUUUUGUUAUCUAUUUAAAAAAAUUCGUAGGUAUUCGAAAAUUGAGAAUAAAAAAAAAAGUCUAUAUACUUAUUUUGUAAGAAAAAAAAUUAUUUUUACAUUUCUAAUUCAUUGUUUUUUUGUGUUUUCGAAAUAUUAAAAGAAACGACUUUUGGACAACGUUUCUUUUUCAGCCUGCUUAAAAUUGGAAUACAUAGUAUUCAUAUAGAGACGUGAAGAUUUCAUUUGUACAAAAUAGUCAUUUUAUAUUCGAUCGAUGACUUAAUUUAAGUCGAAUUAUUAUAUAUUAUAAAUAACAGAUUCGACUUCAAAAGCGAAUAUAAAAUCACUUUAGUUUACUCGCUCGGAAAUCAUUUUAAACGAAGGCGCGAGAGUUAUCGUAAAAAAAUAUAUAUUGUAAUCUACGUGAUUAUUAUUAAAAAAAAAGCGUUGUAUCCAAAAUUAAAUAAAAAGCUAUGAACGUUGUUCAAUAAAGGCAUUGACUUAGUUAGCGGACUAUAAAUGUUUAUAUAUCAAUAUCAAAAAUGCAUUGUAAAUAAUUGCAAACUAUCAAUGAACAAUCAUUGAACUUUGUUAAAGUCUUUAAGGUAAAUAUUAUUAAAAAAAAGAAACUGAAUCACCUAUGUGUCAUUAAUACUAUCAUCAUUCUUUGAUCUCUCUUGAUCUAUGAUCUCAUCAGUACUUUGCAAUUAUCAUUUUUUUUUUUACUAAUACACAAUUCUCCGAGGUUAUAAAAUAAUCUUCGUAAACUUGUCAAAAAAAACAAAGUGAAAUAUAAUAAAAUAAAAAUAA